AUGGAAGAACAUCCAGCUCUUACCCAAGUACCGCCCAGCUACCCCGAUGGACCUCCUUCGUAUGUCAAUGGUCCCGCCGAGGAAGACAACAUGAGUGUUCCCGGAAACAACACAUCGCUUAGGCUGCUCCCGCAGGGUCAGGAUGAAUACAGAUCGUAUGUGACAAGCUCCGUUUCCUCUGCGCAAUACAAUGGACCGCCUUCCCCCAGGCGUAAGCCGCUGCCUAACCCGAAGGUGUCGCACGUUUCAUGGGACUCUCCCAUAGAGUCCGCCGUCCGAGGCGCCAGACUGCAAUCGCCAUUGUCUUCAUUGAUCGCCGAAGCCGAGGAAAAGCUUCGAGGCAGUCGUGAGACAACCGCCUUCGUUGGCCGCGCGCCUACCCUCAAGGCUACUGUGAUCCUCAAGAAAAGCUCCCAGACUGACCGAAACCCUCCUAAUAGACCAUCUCCCUCUAUGCGAGGUUCCCCAGAAAGAUACCGACCUACGGCGUCAACCGCGUACAGUUCAAGGCCUGGCUCCAGCCUGGGACGACCCCCCUCGAUACCUCCGCCUACGGCGAAUCCUCGCUCACCCAUCAGACCCUCCACCCCUUCUCGAGUUUCUACCGACUGGGGCAGACCUGCUGCCUCGAGCGUCUCAUACGAGCCGGCAGAUCUUAAUGGCAGUCCACGGCCUGGCACACCAUCGUCACAGUAUGGCGGGAGUCCACGGAGACCGCUGCCUCCUGCACCGCUCUUCUCGGCUAAAGGCGCGGCAACAGAAACGACGAUACCCAUGCCAGAUCCGGAAUCAGAAAACGACGUUUUUGUGAACGGUCACGAGAUUGUUCCCGACAACGAUCCCAGAGCGAGUCUGAAAUCGGCCCAUUCAUACAUGACCGACUCGACCUUCACGGAGGAGGACGACGCACCGAGUGAAAAGUUUGAUCACUAUGGCCCUGCUCCAGAAGGAAGACAGGACCGACGAGGAUUGAGGGCAGCUCAGAUGACAAAGAAAGAAGUGCGACUCAUCAACGGAGAGCUGAUUCUCGAGUGCAAGAUCCCUACAAUUCUCCACAGCUUUUUGCCCAGGAGGGAUGAACGAGAAUUCACGCACAUGCGAUAUACGGCGGUAACCUGCGACCCAGACGACUUCGUCGUGAAAGGCUACAAGUUGCGCCAGAAUAUUGGACCCACCAUUCGAGAAACGGAGCUUUUCAUCUGCGUUACCAUGUACAACGAAGGCGAAAUCGAGUUUACCAGGACAAUGCACGGUAUCAUGAGGAACAUCAGCCACUUCUGCUCGAGGACCAAAUCUAGGACUUGGGGCAAAGACGGUUGGCAGAAGAUUGUCGUUUGCAUCAUUGCCGACGGAAGACAGAAGGUCCAUCCUCGCACGCUGAAUGCUCUGGCAGCCAUGGGAGUCUACCAGGAUGGGAUAGCCAAGAACAUCGUCAACCAGAAAGAAGUCACCGCACAUGUGUAUGAAUACACGACUCAAGUCUCACUAGACGAAACCCUCAAAUUCAAAGGCGCUGAGAAAGGGAUUGUCCCGUGCCAAAUGAUCUUCUGCCUGAAGGAGAAGAAUAAGAAGAAACUCAACUCUCACCGCUGGUUCUUCAAUGCUUUCGGCCGAGCCUUGACACCCAAUGUUUGCAUCCUGCUUGAUGUGGGUACCAAACCGGACUCGAAAGCGUUGUAUCAUCUCUGGAAAGCGUUCGAUCAAGAUUCGAAUGUCGCUGGAGCAGCAGGUGAAAUCAAGGCUGACAAAGGCAGGGGAUGGCUGGGCUUGCUGAAUCCGCUGGUCGCCUCACAAAACUUCGAGUACAAGAUGAGUAACAUCCUCGAUAAGCCACUCGAGUCAGUGUUUGGCUAUAUUACCGUCUUACCUGGUGCACUCUCAGCAUACCGAUACUACGCCCUUCAAAAUGACCCGAGUGGCUAUGGUCCUCUCAGCCAGUACUUUAAGGGGGAAACCCUGCAUGGCCGUGACGCUGAUGUCUUCACCGCUAAUAUGUAUCUUGCUGAAGACCGAAUUCUCUGCUGGGAGCUUGUCGCGAAACGUGGUGAACAGUGGGUUUUGAAAUUUGUCAAGAGCGCUUAUGGAGAAACUGAUGUGCCUGAUGCUGUCCCAGAGUUUAUCUCCCAACGACGACGCUGGCUCAAUGGCGCUUUCUUCGCGGCAGUGUACUCUUUGGUCCACUUUAAACAAAUUUGGCACACCGACCACACUUUGACUCGAAAGAUCUUGCUGCAUAUUGAAUUCUUCUAUCAGCUCAUCUCGCUGAUAUUCACCUUCUUCUCCCUCGCAAACUUCUACCUCACCUUCUACUUCAUUGCCGGCUCCUUAGCAGAUCCUCAGAUCGAUCCUUUUGGUCAUAACAUCGGGAAAUACAUCUUUGUCAUCCUCCGCUAUAUUACUGUGCUGUUGAUCUGUCUGCAAUUCAUCCUCAGUAUGGGUAACCGACCGCAGGGGGCGAAGAAACUAUUCACCGGCACCAUGGUCACAUAUUCGAUCAUCAUGGCAUACACUACCUUUGCAUCUCUCUACAUUGUCAUCAAGCAACUCACAACGCACGCGGUGGAAAAGACGGACCCAGAAAAUCCGUACAAGCUGGGCAACAACAUCUUUACCAACCUCAUUGUCAGCACGGUCAGCACCGUGGGCCUUUACUUCCUCAUGUCAUUUUUGUACCUGGAUCCGUGGCACAUGUUCACCAGCUCCGCGCAAUACUUUGCCCUGUUGCCUUCUUACAUUUGCACUUUGCAAGUGUAUGCGUUCUGCAACACCCACGACGUCACUUGGGGUACCAAGGGUGACAAUGUAAUGCAUACCGACCUCGGGACUGCCAAAGCAGUCGGAUCUGGUGGAAACACUGUCGAAGUGGAAAUGCCCUCUGAACAACUCGACAUCGAUUCCGGGUACGAUGUCGCACUUCGCAACUUGCGGGACAGAGUCGAGGUACCCAAACAGCCCGUCAGCGAGUCCCAGUUGCAGGAAGACUACUACAAGUCCGUCCGUACGUACAUGGUCGCGGUGUGGAUGGUUUGCAAUGCCAUUCUCGCCAUGGCCGUUUCCGAGGCUUACCCUGUGGGCAGCCACAUUAGCGACAAUGUCUACUUGAAACUCCUUUUGUGGUCCGUCGCCGCCGUCGCACUUUUCCGUGCCAUUGGCUCAUCGGCAUUUGGAAUCAUCAACCUCAUCUCGGCAAUUGUGGAGGGGAGGUUACAGGCCAAGUUUGAGAAGAUCUUUGGUGGCGGAGACGAGAACGGUCGACAUAGGACAGGGUUGGGAAGCGGAAUCAGUGAGAGCGGCAAGACAGGGUUGAGUGGUGGGAGUAAAGGGAGUGCCACAGGAAUCAGUUUGAGUGAAGUGACGAGCAAGAUCUCUGAGAAGUUCAGUUGGAUGAGCAGAAGGUAA